AUGAUUCGGUACAAAUUUUACCUUUUUUACUUCUUCCUUAUACAUUUUGCUUUAGGAAUUCAGAACAAAAAUAGAUUGAAAACUGAAUUUUAUUUAAAAACAAAUUAUGAGUUUUUAAAGAAAAGAAAAAAUAAUGUAAAAACUUAUUUCAAAAGAAAAUCGCCAUGUAAUAACGUGGAUCCGUGGGAAUCUUACAACCCUCAGAGAAGGAACACCCGAGGUGGUAGUAACCGUAGCAACAUUGUAUUAAGUGCGAAAAGCACAUUCGUAUCUAAGUACUACAAAAUAAACAUAAAUGAUGUGUACAGCUACUUAAAUAGAAAAAAAUAUGAAUACAUAGAAACAGAUAUCAAAAUAACUCUGAAAUACUGUCCUUUUUGCCCACCACACAAAUAUAAAUAUGAUAAUAUGUAUAAGCAUGAAAUUUUUAAGAAUACAGGAAAUAGUUAUUGCCACCGGUGCGGAUAUAAAGGAAGCUUCUACGAUUUCAAAUUAAAAAUGGGAGAUUUAGUAACAAGUAAUUUCGAAAGUACAGUUUUAAGCAACACAUAUGAAGAAGAGAAAAUAACUUUCAAUGACAUUAAGGUGUAUAAUAUGAACCUCCUCUUUUCGAAGGAAGCAGAAAAUGCAAGGAAAUAUUUAAUUAAUGAAAGAAAAUUAAAUUUAGAAACGCUAAAAAAAUAUUAUAUAGGAUUUUCCAUAAUGGAAUUUCAGUCACUAGAAAAUUCAGGUAAAUUUGAAAAGCACGAGUGUUUAAUUUUCCCAUUCAUAAAGAAAUCAGAAGACAUGAAUUCCAUAGGGAUAAAUGGAAAUAAAAAUAACACGAAUGAAAAAGAUUCAUACAAAAUUAUCAGGAUAAAAGUGAGAAGUUUAAAAGAUAAAGGAUAUAUGAGACUAUAUCCAAAAAAUGUAAGAGACGAAAUGAAAUUGUUUUUUUUUGGUGAUCAUUUAGUUAACAAUUCAGAAGAAAUUAUCCUAACAGAAGGUGAGAUAGAUGCUAUGACUGUAAGUCAAGAAACGAAUUAUGCAGCUAUUUCGUUACCAAACGGUUCGAAAUCUUUACCGAUAUAUUUAUUACCAUAUUUAGAAAAAUAUAAAAAAAUACAUUUAUGGCUGGAUUUUGACAAGGCUGGAAAAUCAAGUGUUUUUAAUUUUGUCAAUAAAAUUGGUUUAGGUCGAACCAAUGUUAUAACAGAUACGAAUGUGCAUUAUCUAGAUGAAGAAUUGUUUGAGAAGAAGAGAAAAAAUUUGUUAAUCAAAAGUGGUGUUAAUUUCCCCAAUGAGGUUGGGUGUAACCCACUUCAUGUUCCUGAACAAAAUAAAGGAGAAAAAAAAGAACCUGUUCAACAAAAUGAAGGAAAAAAUAAGGACAUGGGAAAAGUAGAAGAGGAUAAGAUAAACAACACAUCCAUAAAUCCUGAAAUUGGGGUAAAUAAUAAAUCAGAUUCGCAAAAUUUGAAAAAGGCACAAAACGAAGAUGGUAACAAAAACCAGAUUUAUGUUGACACAAAAAGAAACACUUCAGAAGUAGGAAAUCAAGAUGAAGUGAAUAAAUCAUCUCAUCUAGAAGACAAGACGAGAACUUUCCAUUUUAUACAAAAUAAUAUUUUGUAUAUACCAAACAGCAUAGUAGUGAAAGACGCAAAUGAUUGCUUGAAGAACAAUAUAGAUGUACGAUUUUUUAUAGAAAAUAGUGAAAAGGUGAAACAUAGUCAAAUAUUAAAUUUCAACGAUUUAAGACAGAACAUUUUGGAAGAAUUAAAAUAUCCAGAUAGAAUAAAUGGUGUUAAAAGUAAGACUAUUCCAUCCUUAAAUAAAUUUUUAUAUGGAUUGCGAAUGGGAGAAUUAUCUAUAUGGACAGGUCCAACAGGUGUUGGAAAAACUACACUACUUUCACAAUUAUCGUUAGAUUAUUGUAUACAAGGUGUAUCAACCCUAUGGGGUUCAUUCGAAAUUAAUAAUAUAAAAUUAGGUAAGGUAAUGUUAAACCAAUUUUGUGGUAAAAAUUUGGAAAAGAAUAUAGAUUUAUUUGAUAUAUAUGCAGAUAAGUUUGAAUUAUUGCCUUUAAAAUUUUUAAAAUUUCAUGGAAGUACCGACAUCGACCAAGUUUUAGAUGCUAUGGAUUAUGCAGUUUAUGCAUAUGACGUGAAACAUAUUAUUAUUGAUAAUUUACAAUUUAUGUUAAAUAUAAAUAAAUUUUCUGAUAUUUAUGAACUUCAAAAUAUUGCUAUUGAUAAAUUUAGAUCAUUUAGCACAAAUAAAAAUGUUCAUAUCACGUUAGUUGUUCACCCAAGGAAAGAAGAUAAUAAUCUCCUUUCCAUUGCAUCCGUUUUUGGUAGUGUAAAAUCGACUCAAGAAGCAGACAAUGUUUUCAUCAUUCAGAGACAUGUCUCUAAAACAAAUGAAACUAUUUUUUUUAUAGAUAUUAAAAAAAACAGAUUCAAAGGCAGCUUAGGCAGAAUACCAUACCUUUACAAUAAAGAAAAUAUGACUAUAAAGGAAAUGUCAAUUAGCUAUUUGAAUGAUUCAAUUUCUAGUAGCAGCUAUGGUUUGAAGAAUAUAACACCCCCUUCUACAUUUGUCUCAAAUAUUCAGCCACCCAGGGAUGAUAUAAACUUUACUAUGUGUGAUGAAUACGAUUAUAUGAAGCAGCUGAGUGAUGAGUACGAAUCCAAGCAUUCCAUGAAGAAAUAUCGAAGCAAGAUUAGCACCGAAAAUGGAAAUAGUCUGAACAGGCCGAACUCACCAAACGAUGAUGGAUCACAAAGAGAAACACUACAAAAGGAUGCAUCAAAGGAGAACCAUAUUAACAAUGGAAUCAAGGGUGGAAAUGAACUGACAAACACCCUGGGUAGUAAGCAAAAUAGAGAUAACAAAAUGCUUUAUAAAAACGAUAGUGUGGGAAAUAAUCAGUUAAACGAGAGAGGCGAAGGAAGCGAAAAGAAGCACUCCGAAAAUGAUCAGAUAAACAAUAUAUUAAGAAGGGAGGAUUCUGGAGGAAUUAUAACAACCCCAGGGAGAAGCAAAAACGGUGGAAUCAAUCAUAAUGAAAAGGUAAGUGAUAAUAACAUGAAUACAUUAAUUACUGCUGAUCCAAGUGAGAAGAAAAAAAUAGGAGUACAAGAUCUAUCGAAGGAAAAUAUAUCAUCAUACAGAUUGAGCAAUGAAGGGUUACUACGAUUAUGUGAAGAAAUAAAAGAUGAGAAAAAUGAAAGGCAAAAAAAUAGAGUAAUAACCAUAUCAAUGAGAAAUUGUACAAUAAAUAACAACUCCACAAUAAAAGAUAUUCGAAAUUUUAUAAAGACGAAUAAAUUAAAUAUAAAAACUGCUGGAAAAAAUUUAAAAAAGGUAGACGUUUUCAUAAGUAUUUUACAGAACAUUCCAAAAGAGUACAUUUCGAUUAAGUAUGAAUUGGAGAAUGUACAAAACAGUGGUUCAGAUAAAAACAAUGAAAAAAACAAAAGAAAUAAAAAUUUAAAACUAAAUAGAUUUAGUGAUACCCCCAACACAGGAAGUAAUAACAAUACAAAUAAUGAUACACCUGGAAUUAACAACCAUUGCAGCAUAUUGCCAAGUAAGAGGAAUAUACAAAAUGAUAUGCAUCUAGUAUCACUCAUAAAUGAAGAUGAAAUGAAGAGUCAUAACAAUAUUCUUAAAUCAAAUGAUACCGAGAUAAACUCACUACAUGAGCAUACUGCACUCAAGUAUGAUUCCAAUGAGAAGCACUUCAGUGAAGAAGUAAAAUAUGUAUACGGAGAUGAAAUUACAAAAAAGUAUAUUAGUGACAAUAUAAUAAAUAUAGAUAAUAAUAUUGUCAAAAGAAAUGGUACGUUCAAGUUGGAAGGAGAUAACAAAAUUCUUAUUAGUGAAAAUUUGGAGUACUUUGAACCUAUGAAAAAAUUUGAUGAUGAUAUCGAGUCCAGAUUUUUUCUCAUACAUGACAAUAAUUAUAAUGAAAAAAUAGAUUAUAUUUAUAGAAAUGUAAAAUAUUGUGGAUUAGAUAUUGAAACAACUGGUCUAGAAGUAUUUGAUGAAAAUAUACGUCUCAUUCAGAUAGCUGUGGAGAAUCACCCAGUUGUCAUUUACGAUAUGUUUAAUAUAACGAAAAAGAACAUUUUGAAUGGGUUAAGAGAAAUAUUAGAAAAUGAAAAUGUAGUAAAAAUAAUACAAAAUGGAAAAUUCGAUGCGAAAUUUUUGAUGCAUAAUAAUUUUAAAAUCAACAAUAUUUUCGAUACGUAUAUAGCUAGCAAAUUACUAGAUAAAAAUAAAAAUAUGUAUGGAUUUAAAUUAAACAAUAUUGUUGAGAAAUAUUUAAAUGUAAUAUUAGACAAGCAACAACAAAAUAGUGUAUGGAAUAAUUCUCUCCUAAAUAAUAACCAAUUAUUUUAUGCAGCGCGAGAUUCAAGCUGUCUAUUAAAAUUAUACAAAAAACUAAAAGAGGAAAUAUAUAAAGAAAAUAUGGACACUGUGAAUGAUAUUGAAAAUAAAUGCAUUCUACCAAUAUGUGAUAUGGAAUUGAAUGGCAUCAAAGUCGACAUAGAAAGUUUGAAUAAAAGUACAGAGGAAAUUUUGAAUGAGCUAAAAGCCGAAACUAGUAAAUUAAAAGAAGAGUUAAAAAACGAUGAAAUAAAUGUUAAUUCACAACAACAAGUAUUGAAAGCUUUACAGAAUAAUAAUGUUAGAGAUAUUUCAAAUAAGCUAAUUGAAAACACUUCCGAUUCUAACUUGAAAAAUUUUCUAAAUCAUAAGGAAGUUGUCUUAUUAAGGAAUUAUAGAAAAUUACAUAAAAUAUAUUCAGCAUUUUAUUUAAAAUUACCACAACAUAUAAAUAAAAAAACCAACAAAAUACAUACAACGUUUAAUCAAUUAAAAACGUUCUCUGGUAGAUUUAGUAGUGAAAAGCCAAAUUUACAACAAAUUCCAAGACAAAAAAAUAUUAGAGAAAUUUUUAUUCCAAAUGAAAAUAAUAUAUUUAUAAUUGCCGAUUUUAAACAAAUAGAGUUAAAAAUAGCUGCUGAAAUUACUAAUGACGACAUUAUGCUUAAGGCAUAUAACAAUAAUAUCGAUUUACAUACCUUAACAGCAAGCAUUAUAACGAAAAAAGCCAUAAGUGAUAUAAAUAAAGAAGACAGACAUAUUGCUAAAGCUAUAAAUUUUGGUUUAAUCUAUGGUAUGAAUUAUGUUAAUUUAAAAAAUUAUGCGAACACGUAUUACAAUUUAAAUAUGAAUCUUGAUCAAUGUUUAUAUUUUUACAACUCCUUUUUUGAGCACUAUAAGGGAAUAUACAGAUGGCAUAAUCAUAUAAAACAAAUGAGAUCUUUAGAGUAUUGUACCUUAUCAAACAGGAAAGUAAUAUUUCCUUAUUUCUCUUUUACAAAAGCCUUGAAUUACCCAGUUCAGGGUACUUGUGCAGAUAUUUUGAAAUUGUCCCUAGUACAACUGUACAAAAAUUUGAGACAUAUCGAUGGGAAAAUUAUUCUUUGUGUACACGAUGAAAUUAUAAUCGAAGUUAAUAAAAAGUAUCAGGAGGAUGCUUUAAAAAUUCUGGUGCAAUCAAUGGAAAAUUCAGCUUCGUUUUUUUUGAAAAAAGUUAAGUGCGAAGUUUCCGUAAAAAUAGCUGAAAACUGGGGCUCCAAGGAUUAA